AGGUUGUGCAUUAGUGCACGUUCAGUGCUGGUUUGGAGUUCAUCUGGUGCACACGCAAUGUCGCUGGAAGGUAAAACGGCUGUAAUUACCGGUGGAGCCAGCGGGAUUGGCUUUGCCACGGCGGAGGAGUUUCUCAAAGGUGGAGUUUCGAAAAUCCUUAUUCUAGAUCUUUAUGAACGUCUAAGUGCCGACCACGAGUCUCAAUUGAAGUCAUGCAAUCCCGGAGCUUCCAUUUACUACUCAAAAUGUGAUGUUUCCAACAAGUCCAACGUGGAAAAAGCUUUUCGCCAGGACGCUCUGAAAUGGCUUGGAGCGAUUGAUAUCCUCGUCAAUUCGGCGGGAAUUUUAAAUGAAAGUGAUCCAGCCGGAUGUGUUGCGGUCAAUUUGACCGGAUUGAUAGAAUGCACGUUGACGGCGAUGGAUCUGAUGUCCAAGGAUAAGGGUGGAAAGGGAGGGUUUGUCGUGAACAUUUCGUCGAUCGCUGGACUUGAGCCGAUGCCGUUUGGAGUGACUUACAGUGCUACCAAAUUUGGUGUUGUUGGAUUCACCAGAAGCAUGGGACAAGAAUUGAUCUUCAGUAAAACUGGAGUUAAACUGAUGGCGAUCUGUCCGGGAGCGACUGAAACAACGAUCUACCAAAAUUCUAGAAACUCUUGUCUCACUUUUCCAUGGAUGCUUGAAUAUUACGACCAACUAAUUCAGGCCUUCAAAACGCAAAAACCCGAGGCAGUUGGCAAAGCUGUCGUGAAGAUCAUCACCGAAGGUGACAAUGGCGCAGUUUGGGUUUCAUCAGAGGACAAAAUAGUUCCGGUUUCGUAUGGCACAAACAGUUUUCUGGCCGGAAUGGAGUGAAUUUAUGAGAUUA